AUGACUUCUCACCUCCUCUUCUUUCUCUUCCUCCUCCCUCUUACUUGUCUUCAGUGGUUGGCUACCGCCAUCGUCCCUGCCAUCGGCAUCACCAUCAUGUCGGCUACAGGAACAGGCAUCGUCAAGAAUCUCCACUGGGGCUUCAUCCUCUUUCCCGUCCUCUUCGACUGCAUGGUCAUCGUUGUCUUGGGCGUACUCUUCAACAACGCUAUCCCUUCCCGCCAGUAUCCUCUGCUAUGGCGCUUCAGCAUGUCCUCGCUCCUGAUUAUCAGUGCGCUCAGUGGACUUGCGUACAUAGUGCGACUGUGA